AUGAAGGACAAGCGACCAGAUUGUGCUGAUGAUACAAACCGCCCUUCCACUUCUCAAGAACCAGCGGAUAUGUUCGAUGUUAGGAAAUCUCAGAAUAAAUAUAAGAAUGUUCACUUUGGUUAUUCUAUUCUACAACAGCUAGGGAAUCUGAGAAAUCAAGACAUUCUCUGUGAUGUGACAUUGAUCUGCGACUGGAAGCGGUUGAAUGCUCAUCGUGUUGUUCUCUCGGCGUGUUCUCCGUAUUUUAUGUCGAUGUUUACAUCAAAAAUGUCAGAAUGCUACUCGAGUCAGUUUGCUUCCAAGAGUUUUCGUCCAAGUUCUAUAAUAGAUGAUUCUAACGUGCAAGACAUUCUGCCUGCAGCAUGUCUUUUGCAACUACAUGAAGUACAAACUGCUUGUUGUGAAUACCUGAAAAAGCAGUUGGAUCCGUCGAAUUGUCUCGGAAUACGCGCGUUUGCUGACACUCAUUCAUGUAAAGAACUCUUGAGUUCGGCGGACGAAUUUGCUCUUAAAAAUUUUUCAAGCGUCAUUGGCAAAGAAGAAUUCCUUCUUCUAUCAGUGGAAAGUCUAACAACAAUCAUCAAAAGUGACAGGCUGAAUGCGGCGUCCGAGGAGCUCGUUUUUUCUGCAUUGAUCAAAUGGAUUAGGCAUGAUAUUUCUGCAAGGAAAGCACAUCUGUCCAUGCUUCUUUCUCAUGUCCGACUACCACUCUGCACUCCCAAGUUCCUGGUUAGCGUUGUCAGCGAGGAAAUUCUGGUCAAGUCAGAUCCAGCUAGCCGAGAUUUAGUUGAUGAAGCCAAAAACUAUCUCCUACUACCGGUCGAACGGCCUAAUAUGCAAGGUCCCCGCACAAAACCUAGACAGCCUCUGCAGGUGGCCGAAAUGCUGUACGCCGUUGGUGGAUGGUGUAGUGGUGAUGCGAUUGCCUCGAUUGAACGAAUGGAUCCAAUUAAAGGUGGAACUUUCUGGAAAUGUGUGGCUCCAAUGGGAAAACGAAGAUGUGGAGUUGGUGUCGCUGUGCUUGAAAAUCUUCUUUAUGCUGUUGGAGGACAUGAUGGACAGUCCUAUUUGAACAGCAUCGAGCGAUACGAUCCCAUGACCAAUCAGUGGAGUAGCGACGUUGCUCCAACAGCUACUUGUAGAACAAGUGUCGGAGUUGCUGCUUUCAAUGGAUCACUGUAUGCUGUUGGUGGCCAGGAUGGAGAAAGUUGCCUUGAUGUAGUAGAGAAAUAUGACCCUAGGAAAAAUGAAUGGACGAAAGUUGCGAGUAUGGGAACUCGAAGAUUGGGCGUCUCUGUAUCAGUGCUCAAUGGGUGUCUUUAUGCUGUCGGCGGAUCUAAUGGACCAUCUCCUUUGAACACGGUUGAAAGAUAUGAUCCUCGUGUUGACAGCUGGGAAGAAGUCCGACCGAUGCUCACGAAGAGGAAACAUCUUGGUACUGCAGUUUACGAUGGAUAUAUGUAUGCAGUUGGUGGAAGAGAUGCGUCGACGGAAUUAAACACCGUGGAAAAAUAUAAUGCAGAAAGAGAUGAAUGGCAACCGGUUGUUGCUAUGAGCAAUAGGAGAAGUGGUGUUGGUGUGGCAGUUGUCGGAGAUAAACUUUAUGCAGUUGGUGGAUUCGAUGGACAAACCUAUUUGAAAUCAGUUGAAGUUUUUGAUAAAGAAACGAAUCGAUGGAAAAUGCACUCUCAGAUGGCUUACAGGCGACUAGGUGGAGGUGUUGGAGUUGUCAGAAUGACCGAUAUUCCUGCUUAUUAUGAGGAUUCAACGAUGAGCCGCGUUUCAAAACGACGAGACUGA